AAAGAAUAAAUAUACGAUGGCGGUGUAUUAUAAAUUUAAGAGUGCAAGAGAUUAUGAUUCAAUUCCCAUGGACGGUCCUUUCAUCUCUGUUGGAACAUUGAAAGAAAAAAUAUUUGAAUCCAAGCAUUUAGUCUGGGGUACUGAUUUUGAUCUCGUGGUAACCAACGCCCAGACCAAUGAAGAAUAUCUUGAUGAAGCAAUGCUGAUUCCUAAAAAUACCUCAGUGUUAAUUCGUCGGGUUCCUGGUCGGCCACGUUUACCAAUUGUUACUGAACUAGAGCAAAAAAAGGUGGAAAAUACGGCUAUGGAAGCCGAACCUGAAAACAGCAGCUUAUCAGCUGAAGAUGCAUCUGCUGUAAAAUAUCCAGAAGAUUCAGAUUGGGAUGAAUUUGGAAAUGAUUUGUAUGCGAUUCCUGAUGUACCACCCAUUCAAUCAAGCAACUUAAUUCCUGAAGCUCCUCCAACCAACAAAGCUGAUGAAGAAAGUAAGAUAAAGGCUUUGAUUGAUACUCCUGCCUUGGAUUGGCAAUGUCAAGGAUCGGACUUUGGUGCUGGUAGAGGUUUUGGAAGAGGUAUGGGUGGACGGAUGGGGGGUGGUCGUGGUUUUGGGCUGGAGCGGAAAACACCUCCCCAAGGCUAUGUAUGUCACAGGUGCAAGGUUCCUGGCCAUUUUAUUCAGCACUGCCCUACAAACGGUGAUCCAAAUUAUGACAUCAAGAGAGUUAAACAACCUACUGGUAUUCCGAGAUCCAUGCUGAUGGUGAACCCACAAGGUUCCUAUGCUCUACCAAAUGGUUCAGUAGCUGUAUUGAAGCCAAAUGAGGCUGCUUUUGAGAAAGAAAUAGAAGGUUUACCUUCCGCCACACGUUCUGUUGGGGAUCUACCACCUGAGCUCCACUGCCCCUUGUGCAAUGAUGUGAUGAAAGAUGCUGUGCUGACAAGCAAGUGCUGUUUUAAAAGCUUUUGUGACAAAUGUAUUAGGGACUAUGUUAUCUCCAAGUCCAUGUGCAUAUGUGGUGCAACAAAUAUUCUUGCAGAUGAUCUUUUACCAAAUAAGACCCUAAGAGAUACUAUUAAUCGUAUAUUGGAGUCAGGCAAUAGCAGUGCUGAAAACGCUGGGAGCAUCUCCUCCUUUCCAGAUAUGGAGUCUGCUCGUUGUCCACAACUGAAGCUUCCAUCUCCAGCCUCAUCGGCUGCAUCUAAGGGAGAACCAAAGGUUUCACUUGUUUGUGAAGGAAUGACAAAUGUACCGCAAACUGUUGAUGAUAAAAAAACAGUUUCUGCUCCAGCUCCAUUGCAAACAUCAGAGCAAGUGAAGCCCAGAAUGCCUGAUGUAAGUGAAGCUACACAUGAGUCGACGAGUGUAAAGGAACCAGCCUCACAAGGGAGUGCUCAGUUGGUUGAGGAGGAAGUCCAGCAAAAAAUGGUUUCUGCUGAGGCAGGAAAGAAGAAAAAAAGGAAGAAAGUCCAUUUGCCUGCAAAUGAUUUUCAGUGGAAAACCCCACACGACCUUGGGGCUGAGAGCUACAUGAUGCCAAUGGGCCCAGCACCUGGUUACAAUUCAUACUGGAAUGGCAUGCAACCUUGUAUGGAAGGAUUUAUGGGACCAUAUGGUGGCCCGAUGCAAAUGAUGGGUUAUGGCCUGGGCCCCUUGGACAUGCCAUUUGCAGGUGGUCUGCCUCAUGAUCCAUUUGGCAUGCAGGGUUACAUGAUGCCUGUUGUUCCACCUCAUAGGGAUCUUGCUGCUGAGUAUGGCAUGGGGAUGAAUGUUCCACCUCCAGUUAUGAGUAGAGAGGAGUUUGAAGCUCGGAAAGCUGAUCGUUGGAGAAAGCGUGAAAAUGAGAAACGGAUUGAUAGGGAUUUCUCCAAAGAUCGAGAUUUUGGUAGGGAAGCGAGCAGUAUUGGAGAUGUUCCUAUGAAAUCAAAAACUGGUCUAGAAGUUGUAACAAGGGUAACAAGGAUGAGUGUGCCACCUUGUGCGCCAAGCAAAAACAAACACAAACUGCUCAAACUGUGUCCUAAAAUGAUCUGUUUUGAGCGAAAAAGUGUAUCAUGUGCGUUGAAACUAAAAUCGCUUCCAGCACCUCCAAGUAGUGAGUACCACCAUCCCCAACCUCAUCGUCACCGUGCGGAACGUGUGUCACCUGAUCGGUCUCCACGUCCGCCUCCACGUCCUAUCAAGAGAAAAGCUGACUACCAUGUGGAUAAUGUGAACGUGACCAUGAUCAUGAUCGUGACCAGAGGGACCACCGUGAUCGAGGAAGAGGCCAUCACCACCAUCGCGACUACCGAAGCUGCUUCAGCUGGUCCCCUGCCACAUCUUCAGCACAUCUCAAGGCAGCAUCGACCUCCAAGUAGUGAGUACCACCAUCCCCAACCCCAUCGUCACCGUGCAGAACGUGUGUCACCUGAUCGGUCUCCACGAGAGGUGGAGCCUCCACGUCCUAUCAAGAGAAAAGCUGACUAUCAUGUCGAACGGGAACGGGAAUGUGAACGUGACCAUGAUCAUGAUCGUGACCAGAGGGACCACCGUGAUCGAGGAAGAGGCCAUCACCACCAUCGCGACUACCGGUCAGAAUCCUCUUCCCGGAUGACCAAAACCUCCUCAACUGUACCAUCAUCUGCAGCUGCAGCUGCAGACCGCAAGCAGAAGGCCAGUGUUUUCUCCCGCAGAAACUUCUCCGCUGAGGAAGAAAUGACCAAGAAGAGGAAGAUAUCUGCCUUUCCCACAACUGAAGCUGCUUCAGCUGGUCCCCCUGCCACAUCUUCAGCGCAUCUCAAGGCAGCACCGAAAGGCUACUAUGAAGGCAGGAAGAGCAGCACGAUUUCUGAAUACGAGUCUAGUGAUGACGAGCGGCAUUUCAAACGGAGGCCAUCAAGGCACAAGUUGUCUACCUAG